AUGACUAGUAAAGAACAAUUACCACAAUCAGUGACGAAUCUUUUGAAAACAGGGAGAUUCAUUCAUUUGGCUACAUCUUAUAAAGAUUUCCCCCAUGUUUCGUUAAUGAACUACACAUAUUAUCAUACUGAAGGAAAUGAUUACAUUAUAAUAUCAACUCCAACAUGUACUACUAAAUAUAAUAAUAUUUUACAGAAUCCUAAUAUUUCCAUCUUAGUUCAUGAUUGGAUUUCAGUUAAAAAUGGUAGUGAAGCUGAAACUGGAGAACCAGUCUCAUCUAAGAGAAGAAAUUCAUUAUAUGAAUUAUUAGCCAAUUUGAAUAAGAAUGAACUCAGUAGAGUUUCAGUUAUGAUCAAUGGUAAAGCAGAAGUUAUCAAAGAAGAUAAUGAAAAACAUGACUUUUAUAAAUCAUUGCAUUUAAAUAAUGCUAAAAUAGAUGAAGUUCAAUCCAAAAACUAUAUUGAGGAUAAGGACAAUGCAAUUGUUUUAAUCACUAUUGAAAGCUGUAAGGUCACAGAUACAGACAACAAUGUUGUUGAAUAUUAA